CUUUCCAAAGGGUGUUGAAUUUCCUAGCAACACGCAUCGUAUCAUUUGAGCGUUACGCACAAUUCGCAAGUCAUCAAUUUUCUUUCCCACAUUUUGCUCUCGUCGCUCUGUUAAGAAUUCGAAACUUCAACCAACAUGACUGUAAGACGAAUGCGAAUGACAAGGAUUUUAAAAUCUAUCCCAUUACUAAUAUGUCUGCUGGUGCUGUGUUUGAUCGCUUAUUUUACCUUGGAGUCGUACUCUACUGAGCAGGUAAAUAUACGAAAGACUCAACAAACUGAUGAAGAACAAGAUUUUAGUAAUUUGGAAAAGGACCUGACUGACUCAAAAAUGGAAUUCAAUGAUGGAUCAAAAGCAGCAAGGAAAAAUCUUAUCGUCGUUUCACACGGUCGAUCAGGUUCCACACUCAUGGGGGAUAUUUUCAAUCAUCAUCCUUCUGUAUUUUACAUGUAUGAGCCUUUACAGUCCGUCGAAAGAGUCCAUACGAAUCUGAAGCCUGAAUCGGAUUACAAUGACCUCGCCAAAGAGUUUCUAUCUGGCAUUUUUCAGUGUAAAUUCGACUCUCCCGAAUUAUUAGCGGAUAUCGAGCAUUUUUAUCGCAAACCGGAUCAUCCACGUGUCAGUAAAGCCAUUGCAUCGCCACCUUUAUGUCCUUACAGUACUUCUGAUGAAAGGUGGGAUCAACACCUUUGUCCUGCCAUGACUAGCGAGUCUUUGGGAAGCACGUGUAAAGAGCAUUACGAAAUGACAGUGUUAAAGGUCCUCGUAAAUCGUGUACCCGAUAAUAACAUCGGAAGUAUUUUAGGAGCAUGCGACACAAUGGAUACUAACUGCAGAAUUAUAUUCCUCGUAAGAGAUCCCAGAGCUGUAAUCGCUUCCGCGCUCAGCGUGGGGUUCUUCAAAGACAACCGGGGAGAUUCUUCAAGGCUGGGAACUCGAGAAUUUAGCUACUGGACCUGUAAGGAGACUGAAGACAACUUGGAAUCUAUAAGAAAACUGCCGAAGUCUCUGCGCAACCGGAUCAAAUUCCAACGCUACGAAGACCUAGCACUGGACCCGUUGAAAGAACUUUCAGCUCUCUACGAGUUUGCUGGGUUGUCUGUCCUGGAUAGUGUGAGGACUUGGCUUAACGAGACAACACGGCAGAGCAGGAGUGCCUGUAAUCAUGCACAGGACGGAGAACAAGCUACAUGCACCAAGGAUGACGCAUGGCUGGCAGCAAACCGCUGGAGAUGGAAAGUGCACCCUCAUGAAAUUGAUGUUAUUGAACAUUACUGCCGAGGUGUGAUGCUUCUAAUGGGUUACAGACCUGUAGACAGGUCACAUGAAUUACUGGCUAAUGUAAAGAUACCUCUUUUCAGCCGCAAUUUUGAAGCAAGGAACUGGUUUUAACGUUGAAAAUAGUCUGCGCAGGUUCCUCCAUCGUAGGUCUGCCUACAGAAUUAAUUGCACUGUUCUUAAAUUCAAAUUUAAACAAGCUUUUCCGAGUCCAUGGAAUAAAAUGUUACAUAUGUAACGAUACUAUGGAAGGAAAAUUGAACAAAUGAGAAGAGUGAGCAAUUCGACACCUGCACCACCACGGAGCCAUGUGACAGCCUUUUACACAAUUAAAAUGAAUACAUACGUUCUACAGCGUGUGAACCAUAGGGAUCAAUCUGGAUCAACGUAGCAGAAGCGCCAGACUAGUGUCUGAGAGGCAAGGCUCGAAUCCACUCGAAGAUUUUAUUUUCUUUUUGGAAUCGCAGCACUACUCCUAUAACAACAUUCUGUGAUUCCUUAUCAAUCAUGAAACAAAACAGAAAGCCUGCUGAGUCUAAUUAUCUUUUUUUCACGAACGACCGCACCAAACUUAUCACAAUGUGCAUGCUCUUAAAUCUCCAAGCGACUCGUUAAACCUUUUCCUCACGGGCAAUGAAAUCGAUAGGAAUUAAAAUUUAAUUUAGGGAAAAAUAAUGUGGAAUCGGGGCUAACCACGUCAUUACUUAGGACAGCGAAAAACUAAGUGAACUGAAAAACACACAGUCUCUCUCUUCUUAUACUAAACAUUAAAUGUUUUCGAACAGUAAUAAUGGUUUCAUCUUGCUUUUUCCUGAUGAGCCAUUAGGACGUCUGCAGCAGGAGUUGGUAAUGUUCCCUUUAUAAUUUUUCACUGUACGUUGAAGUUCAGUGAGUUGUCUCUCAUUCAGUCCACCUGUUUCCACAGUUAACCGCUGUACACACAUAGUACAAUCUCAUUUGCUGUUAAAAAACAAUGAGAAAAAAGGAUAUGUUCAGAUUGGUUCACGCAGAAGGUUGAAAUUUCAAAACCGAGUUUACCGGGACUUGAUUGGGAAAUAUGAGAAAAAAAUGGAUAGAUAAUACGUACUGAAUAUCAACAGGUUGGUUAGAUUAACAGUAGAUUAAAAAAAAACUUACAUCUG